GUCACUUCUUCUCAUCAAUACAAAGACAUUACAUCAAUUUCCCAAAAUAUUCAUCUACUUCUCAUAUAUAUAUAUAUAUAUAUAUAUUUCUCGCAUCUCAAACACAAUAAUUCCACAUUUUCACAUUUUCAAAUCCACUUCUAUCGUAUAAACCACUAACCAAACCCUAAAACCCAUAUCGUAAAAACUUCCGAAACUCGCAAUUUUUUUCAAUGGAGAAGCUGCAAAAGAUGGUAUCCGAAAAACCGGUUGUGAUCUUCAGCAAGAACUCAUGUUGCAUGUCCCACACCAUCAAGACCCUCUUCUACGAUUUCGGGGUGAACCCGACGAUCUAUGAGCUCGAUGAGAUCGGCAGAGGGAAAGUCCCGGCCGUAUUCAUAGGCGGCCAGCUCGUGGGCGGAGCCAAUCAGGUCAUGAGCCUCCACCUUAACCGAUCUCUCAUCCCUAUGCUUAAGCGAGCCGGAGCAUUAUGGGUUUGAUCUGUUGGUGUUGUCAUGUUUUUGUAAUAAAAUGUUCUGAAAAAAAAGAGAUAUUAUAGAAGAAUAAAUAUGCAUAUAUAUAUAUAUAUAUAAUAUGUAUGUAUGUAUGUACGUCUAAGUUUUGAGGGAUAGAUCGCGAAAGGUACCAAUUUUUGUAACCUUUGGGUAUCUUAUCUCAUGUAAUAAAAUCAAUGUUACCCCGAA